AUGCCAGCAGAAGAAAAUUCUCACAAGCCUCUAUUUGUUCUUACAGGUCAUAAAGAUCGCGUUUGGGAUCUCUCAGUACACCCCAAGCUUCCACUUCUUGCAACAUGUUCAGGAGAUCGUACUGCUCGAAUCUACGCACUUAACAAACCCGGGGUUCCUCUGAUUGCUAGUUUAGAAGAUAGCCAUAAAAGAAGCGUUCGUUCUGUAGCAUGGAAACCUACAGGAGGAGAAGAUGGGUACCCAUCUUUGGCACUUGGCUCUUUUGAUGCUACUGUCAGUGUCUGGGGUCGUGAACCUCAUGAAGGCAACGAAGACGAAGGAUUAGAUAAAGAUGGCGAGUGGUCCUUUUUGGCGACAAUUGAAGGACACGAGAAUGAAGUUAAGGGUGUUUCGUGGUCUUCUGAUGGUUACUUUUUAGCAACAUGCUCGCGAGACAAGAGUGUCUGGGUAUGGGAAACAGACGACACAAAUGAAGAGUUUGAAUGUAUUAUGUUUCUACAAGAUCAUACUGAGGAUGUAAAGCAUGUCGUUUGGCAUCCUUCUCAACAAACAUUUGCUUCCGCAUCCUACGACAAUACUGUGCGACUUUGGCGCGAAGAUGAUGAUGAAUGGGUCUGUGUAGCCAAUCUCCAAGGUCACGAGUCCACUGUGUGGUCAUGCGACUUUGAAACUGAUACAAAACACAAGAAUACCGAGGAGCCAGAAAUUUUCUCCCCUGCAAGGCUGGUAUCUGCUUCAGACGAUCUUAAAUGUAUAGUUUGGAGACGAACUGAAUCAACUGGAGGUACACCAAAGGGUGGAAUUCCAUCAACUUUCCGCAAUGAUCCGUUAUCGGAAACCUGGAUCAAGGAAACGGUUUUACCGGAAUCGCACACACGUACUAUUUACAGCGUUGCAUGGAGUCCAAAUAGUGGGAGAAUUGCUUCAGUAGGAUCUGACGGGCGGAUAACUAUUUACAAGGAAAAGAAUGAAGGAUCUGGAGAAUGGGAAAUUGAGACUGUUGUUGAUAAGGCUCAUGGUGUUUAUGAGAUUAAUUCGGUGGCAUGGGCUCCUGAUUAUCAAGGAGAUGGCGAGCUUCUCAUUACAGCUGGAGAUGAUUUUACAACUAAGAUUUGGAAACUAUAG